AUGUUCUUCAACAGUAGCUUGGAAGAAUCUGGUACGAACACCCACAAUAUAUCUUGGAAUGCCCCCGCCAAGGGUAUUACUAUCCCCGGUUAUUUCGAUGCUGACUUGUUCAAUUAUAACACUUUCUUCUUCCUUGGCUGCGAUUUUGAUGUUGACUUGUUCGAUUAUGUAAGGAACCCUAUCGGCUCCUGCAUGAGCAGGUGCCACGGCAAGGUAUUGCCGAAUCAAGGGCCUUGCAAUGGGUUUGGUUGCUGUUCCAUCACUCUACAAAACGACAUCUCAGGCUUUCAAGGAACAAUUGUUCGGGCUGAUUAUAUGGCAGCACAGUCAUAUCCUCUGCACCCUGGCAUCAUGGCUUUCAUGUCGAUUAGAGAUUAUUACAUGGAAAAUACGACUGAUCUUUUCUCAAGAUGGACAAAUGCAAGCAAGAUUGAUGACGCUGCACUUUGGGUUGCCACCAUGGACCAACCAAGCUGCAAAAUCGCGCAGAUGAACAAGGCAAGCUAUGCUUGUGGUGGCACCGACAGCAUUUGUAGAAAUGCAUCACAUGGAGAUUACAACCCGAAGCCUAAAGAGCAUUGCUGGAGGUCAUGUGGAAACAUGACCAUUCCCUUCCCUUUUGGCCUCGAAGAAGAUUGUUAUGGAAACAAAAGGUUCAAGCUUAAUUGUACAGCAGAAGCUAUAAAUGCACGCCAUGCCCUCACAGUAAAGAAUUUGAUUCUAUUAAGGGGCAGUGUGUCAUAUCGACUAAGCAACGGAACCUUCUUUUGGGUUGCAAUUGGAAUUGGUUGUGGCCUUGGCUCCAUAUUUAUUGCAUUGGGUGCAAUUCUACUUGUCAAUAAGUGGAAGAAAGGCAUCCAAAAGAGAAUCCGACGAGCAUACUUCAAGAAAAAUCAAGGUUUGCUAUUGGAGCAACUGAUCUCAGAUGAAAGCGCUACAAGCAAAACAAAGAUAUUCUCAUUGGAGGAACUAGAGGAGGCGACUAACAACUUUGAUGCUACACGUGUUCUUGGUCGUGGAGGACAUGGAAUAGUUUAUAAAGGGAUUCUAUCAGACCAACGUGUGGUGGCUAUAAAAAAAUCCAAAAUAGUGGAGCAAAUAGAGAUAGACCAAUUUAUCAAUGAGGUUGUCAUUUUGUCUCAAAUCAGUCAUCAUAAUGUGGUGAAACUGUUUGGUUGCUGCCUAGAAGAUGUGGUGCCCUUGCUUGUAUAUGAAUUCAUUUCAAAUGGAACUCUGUAUGAACUUCUUCACACUAAUACUACAUUAAAAUGCUUGCUUUCAUGGGAUGAUCGCAUUAGGAUUGCUACAGAAGCAGCAGGGGCUCUUGCUUAUCUACACUCAGCAGCUACAAUAUCAAUUUUCCAUAGAGAUGUCGAGUCUUCAAAUAUACUAUUGGAUGACAACUUCACCACAAAGGUUUCAGAUUUUGGUGCUUCAAGAUCUCUUUCACUUGAUGAGACCCAUGUGGUGACAGUUGUUCAAGGAACAUUCGGUUACUUGGAUCCACAGUAUUAUCAUAGUGGUCAACUAACGGAGAAGAGUGAUGUAUACAGUUUUGGAGUAAUACUUGUGGAGCUUUUGACAAGAAAGAAGUCAAUUUUUAUUAAUGAUUUAGGUGCAAAGCAAAGCUUGUCCCAUUUCUUCAUUGAAGGACUUCACCAAGGGUCUCUUAUUGAAAUAAUGAUUACUCAAGUUGUGGAAGAAGCAGACCAGGAAGAGAUUAGUGAAAUUGUCUUACUUACAUAA